AUGGAUCAGGAGCAGAUUUGCGAGGUUAAGGGGGUCGCGUACCUCCCACCCUCCCAUCGCCCACCCUCACGUCUCCCACCCUCCCAUCUCCCACCCUCCCAUCGCCCACCAUCCCGUCUCCCACCCUCCCAUCUCCCACCCUCCCAUCGCCCACCCUCCCAUCGCCCAAGCUACUUGGGGUCGGUGUCUAACAGCCAUGCCCAUGACCAGCAGAGAGCGCUCCUCUGCUUGUGCUUCCUCUGCUUGCGCUUCCUCUACUUGUGCUUCCUCUGCUUGUGCUUCCUCUGCUUGCGCUUCCUCUGCUUGCGCUUCCUCUGCUUGCGCUUCCUGAGCUUGUGCUUCCUCUGCUUGCGCUUCCUCUGCUUGUGCUUCCUCUGCUUCUGCUUCCUCUGCUUGUGCUUCCUCUGCUUGCGCUUCCUCUGCUUGUGCUUCCUCUGCGUGCACUUCGUCCGCUUGUGCUUCCUCUGCUUACGCUUCCUCUGCUUGCGCUUCCUCUGCUUGUGCUUCCUCUGCUUGCGCUUCCUCUGCUUGUGCUUCCUGUGCUUGCGCUUCCUCUGCAUAUGCUUCCUCUGCUUGCGCUCCUCUGCUUCUGCUUCCUCUCCUUGUGCUUCCUCUGCUUACGCUUCCUCUCCUUGUGCUUCCUUUGCUUGCGCUUCCUCAGCUUGUGCUUCCUCUACUUGCGCUUCCUCUGCUUGUGCUUCCUCUGCUUGCGCUUCCUCUACUUGUGCUUCCUCUGCUUGCGCUUCCUUUGCUUGUGCUUCCUCUGCUUGUGCUUCCUCUGCUUGUGCUUCCUCUGCUUGUGCUUCCUCUGCUUGUGCUUCCUCUGCUUGUGCUUCCUCUGCUUGCGCUUCCUCUACUUGUGCUUCCUCUGCUUGUGCUUCCUCUGCUUGCACUUCCUCUGCUUGUGCUUCCUUUGCUUAUGCUUCCUUUGCUUGCGCUUCCUCUACUUGUGCUUCUACUGCUUGCGCUUCCUCUGCUUGUGCUUCCUCUGCUUGUGGUUCCUCUGCUUGCGCUUCCUCUGCUUGCGCUUCCUCUGCUUGCGCUUCCUCUACUUGUGCUUCCUCUGCUUGCGCUUCCUCUGCUUGUGCUUCCUCUCCUUGCGCUUCCUCUGCUUGUGCUUCCUCUGCUUGCGCUUCCUCUGCUUGUGCUUCUUCUGCUUCUGCAUCCUCUGCUUGCGCUUCCUCUGCUUGUGCUUCCUCUGCUUGCGCUUCCUCUGCUUGUGCUUCUUCUGCUUGUGCUUCUUCUAUUUCUGUCUCCUCUGCUUGCGCUUCCUCUGCUUGUGCUUCUUCUGCUUGUGCUUCCUCUGCUUGUGCUUGGUCUGCUUGUGCUUCCUCUGCUUGCGCUUCCUCUGCUUGCGCUUCCUCUGCUUGCGCUUCCUCUGCUUGUGCUUCUUCUGCUUGUGCUUCCUCUGCUUGUGCUUCCUCUGCUUACGCUUAUUCUACUUGCGCUUCCUCUGCUUGUGCUUCCUCUGCUUGCGCUUCCUCUGCUUGCGCUUCCUCUGCUUGUGCUUCCUGUGCUUGGGCUUCCUCUGCUUGUGCUUCCUCUGCUUGCGCUUACCCUGCUUGUGCUUCCUCUGCUUGCGCUUCCUCUGCUUGUGCUUCCUUUGCUUGUGCUUCCUCUGCUUGUACUUCCUCUGCUUGUGCUUCCUCUGCUUGUGCUUCCUCUGCUUGCGCUUGCUUACACUUCCUCUGCUUGCGCUCCUGUGCUUGCGCUUCCUCUACUUACGCUUCCUCUGCUUGCGCUUCCUCUGCUUGCGCUUCCUCUGCUUACGCUUCCUCUACUUGCGCUCCUCUGCUUGCGCUUCCAAUGCUUACGCUUCCUCUGCUUGCGCUUCCUCUCCUUGCGCUUCCUUUGCUUGUGUUUCCUCUGCUUGUGCUUCCUCUGCUUGCGCUUCCUCUGCUUGCGAUUCCUCUGCUUGCGCUUCCUCUGCUUGUGCUUCCUCUGCUUACGUUUCCUCUCCUUCUGCUUCCUCCGCUUGCGCUCCUCUGCUUGGGCUUCCUCUGCUUGUGCUUCCUGUGCUUGCGCUUCCUCUGCUUGUGCUUCCUCUGCCUGCGCUUCCUCUGCUUGCGCUUUCUCUGCUUGUGCUUCCUCUGCUUGUGCUCCCUCUUCUUUCGCUUCCUCUGCUUGUGCUUCCUUUGCUUGCGCUUCCUUUGCUUGUGCUUCCUCUACAUGCGCUUCCUCUGCUUUUGCUUCCUCUGCGUGCGCUUCCUCUGCUUGUGCUUCCUCUGCUCGCGCUUCCUCUGCUUGUGCUUCCUCUUCUUGUGGUUCCUCUGCUUGCGCUUCCUCUGCUUGCGCUUCCUCUGCUUGCGCUUCCUCUGCUUGUGCUUCCUCUGCUUGCGCUUCCUCUUCUUGUGCUUCCUCUCCUUGCGCUUCCUCUGCUUGUGCUUCCUCUGCUUGCGCUUCCUCUGCUUGUGCUUCUUCUGCUUCUGCAUCCUCUGCUUGCGCUUCCUCUGCUUGUUCUUCCUCUGCUUGCGCUUCCUCUGCUUGUGCUUCUUCUGCUUCUGUCUCCUCUGCUUGCGCUUCCUCUGCUUGUGCUUCUUCUGCUUGUGCUUCCUCUGCUUGUGCUUGUUGCGCUUCCUCUGCUUGCGCUUCCUCUGCUUGCGCUUCCUCUGCUUACGCUUCCUCCACUUGCGCUCCUCUGCUUGCGCUUCCUCUGCUUACGCUUCCUCUGCUUGCGCUUCCUCUGCUUGUGCUUCCUCUGCUUGCGCUUCCUCUGCUUGCGCUUCCUCUGCUUGUGCUCCCUUAGCUUGCGCUUCCUCUGCUUGUUCUUCCUCUUCUUGCGCUUCCUCUGCUUGCGCUUCCUCUGCUUGUGCUUCCUUUGCUUAUGCUUCCUCCACUUGCGCUCCUCUGCUUGCGCUUCCUCUGCUUACGCUUCCUCUGCUUGUGCUUCCUCUACUUGCGCUUCCUCUACUUGUGCUUCCUCUGCUUGCGCUUCCUCUGCUUGUGCUUCCUCUGCUUGUGCUUCCUCUGAUUGUGCUUCCUCUGCUUGUGCUUCCUCUGCUUGUGCUUCCUCUGCUUGCACUCCCUCUGCUUGUGCUUCCUCUGCUUAUGCUUCCUCUGCUUGCGCUUCCUCUGCUUGUGCUUCUACUGCUUGCGCUUCCUCUGCUUGUGCUUCCUCUGCUUGUGGUUCCUCUGCUUGCGCUUCCUCUGCUUGCGCUUCCUCUGCUUGCGCUUCCUCUGCUUUUGCUUUCUCUGCUUGCGCUUCCUCUGCUUGUGCUUCCUCUCCUUGCGCUUCCUCUGCUUGUGCUUCCUCUGCUUGCGCUUCCUCUGCUUGUGCUUCUUCUGCUUCUGCAUCCUCUGCUUGCGCUUCCUCUGCUUGUGCUUCCUCUGCUUGCGCUUCCUCUGCUUGUGCUUCUUCUGCUUCUGUUUCCUCUGCUUGCGCUUCCUCUGCUUGUGCUUCUUCUGCUUGUGCUUCCUCUGCUUGUGCUUGGUCUGCUUGUGCUUCCUCUGCUUGCGCUUCCUCUGCUUGCGCUUCCUCUGCUUGCGCUUCCUCUGCUUGUGCUUCUUCUGCUUGUGCUUCCUCUGCUUGUGCUUCCUCUGCUUACGCUUAUUCUACUUGCGCUUCCUCUGCCUGUGCUUCCUCUGCUUGCGCUUCCUCUGCUUGCGCUUCCUCUGCUUGUGCUUCCUGUGCUUGCGCUUCCUCUGCUUGUGCUUCCUCUGCUUGCGCUUCCCCUGCUUGUGCUUCCUCUACUUGCGCUUCCUCUGCUUGUGCUUCCUCUGCUUGUGCUUCUUCUGCUUGUACUUCCUCUGCUUGUGCUUCCUCUGCUUGUGCUUCCUCUGCUUGCGCUUCCUAUGCUUACGCUUCCUCUGCUUGCGCUCCUGUGCUUGCGCUUCCUCUGCUUACGCUUCCUCUGCUUGCGCUUCCUCUGCUUGCGCUUCCUCUGCUUACACUUCCUCUACUUGCGCUCCUCUGCUUGCGCUUCCUAUGCUUACGCUUCCUCUGAUUGCGCUUCCUCUCCUUGCGCUUCCUUUGCUUGUGUUUCCUCUGCUUUUGCUUCCUCUGCUUGCGCUUCCUCUGCUUGCGCUUCCUCUGCUUGCGCUUCCUCUGCUUGUGCUUCCUCUGCUUACGUAUCCUCUCCUUCUGCUUCCUCCGCUUGCGCUCCUCUGCUUGUGCUUCCUGUGCUUGCGCUUCCUCUGCUUGUGCUUCCUCUGCCUACGCUUCCUCUGCUUGCGCUUCCUCUGCUUGUGCUUCCUCUGCUUGUGCUCCCUCUUCUUUCGCUUCCUCUGCUUGUGCUUCCUUUGCUUGUGCUUCCUUUGCUUGUGCUUCCUCUACAUGCGCUUCCUCUGCUUUUGCUUCCUCUGCGUGCACUUCCUCUGCUUGUGCUUCCUCUGCAUGCGCUUCCUUUGCUUGUGCUUCCUCUACAUGCGCUUCCUCUGCUUUUGCUUCCUCUGCCUUGCGCUUCCUCUGCUUGUCCUUCCUCUUCUUGCGCUUCCUCUGCUUGUGCUUCCUCUGCUUGUGCUUCCUCUGCGUGUGCUUCCUCUGCUUGUGCUUCCUCUGCUUGUGCUUCCUCUGCUUGUGCUUCCUCUGCUUGUGCUUCCUCUGCUUGCGCUUCCUCUGCUUGUGCUUCCUUAGCUUGUGAUUCCUCUGCUUCCGAUUCCUUUGCUUACGUUUCCUUUGCUUGUGCUUCCUCUGCUUACGCUUUCUCUGCUUGCGCUUCCUCUGCUUUUGCUUCCUGUGCUUGCGCUUCCUGUGCUUGUGCUUCCUCUGCUUGCACUUCCUCUGCUUGCGCUUCCUCUGCUUGUGCUUUUGACGCUUGCGCUUCCUCUGCUCAUGCUUCCUCUGCAUGUGCUUCCUCUGCUUGCGCUUCCUCUGCUUGCGCUUCCUCUGCUUACGCUUCCUCUGUUUGCGCUUCCUCUGCUUCUUCUUCUUGUGCUUGCGCUUCCUCUGCUUCCGCUUCCUCUGCUUGUGCUUCCUCUGCUUGUGCUUCCUCUUCUUGCGCUUCCUCUGCUUGUGCUUCCUCUGCUUGCGCUUCCUCUGCUUGUGCUUCCUCUGCUUGCGCUUCCUCUGCUUGUGCUUCCUUUGCUUGCGCUUCCUAUGCUUGUGCUUCCUCUGCUUGCGCUUCCUCUGCUUGUGCUUCCUCUGCUUACACUUCCUUUUCUUGUGCUUCCUCUGCUUGCGCUUCCUCUGCUUGCGCUUCCUCUGCUUGUUCUUCCUCUGCUUGCGCUUCCUCUGCUUGCGCUUCCUCUGCUUGCGCUUCCUCUCCUUGUGCUUCCUCUGCUUGCGCUUCCUCUGCUUGCGCUUCCUCUGCUUGUGCUUCCUCUGCUUGCGCUACCUCGGCUUGUGAUUCCUCUACUUGCGCCUCCUCUGCUUGUGCUUUCUCUGCUUGUGCUUCCUCUGCUUGUACUUCCUCUUCUUGUGCUUCCUCUGCUUGUGCUUCCUCUACUUGUGCAUCCUCUGCUUGUGCUUCCUCUGCUUGUGCUUCCUCUGCUUGUACUUCCUCUACUUGCGCUUCCUCUGCUUACGCUUCCUCUGCUUGCGCUCCUCUGCUUGCGCUUCCUCUGCUUACGCUUCCUCUAGUUGCGCUUCCUCUGCCUGCGCUUCCUCUGCUUACGCUUCCUCCACUUGCGCUCCUCUGCUUGCGCUUCCUCUGCUUACGCUUCCUCUGCUUGCGCCUCCUCUGCUUGCGCUUCCUCUGCUUGUGCUUCCUCUGCUUGUGCUUCCUCUGCUUGCGCUUCCACUGCUUGCGCUUCUUCUGCUUGUGCUUCCUAUGCUUGCGCUGCCUCUAUUUGCGCUUCCUCUGCUUGCGUUUCCUUUGCUUGCGCUCUUCUGGUUGUGCUUCCUCUGCUUGCGCUUGCUCUGCUUCUGCUUCCUCUGCUUGCGCCUCCUCUGCUUGUGCUUCCUCUGCUUGCGCUUCCUCUGCUUGCGCUUCCUCUGCUUGCGCUUUCUCUGCUUGUGCUUCCUCUGCUUGUGCUUCCUUAGCUUGCGCUUCCUCUGCUUGA